AUUACAUUUUUUCUUUCUUUUUCAAGUUCCCUCUACUGAUUCGAGUGGAUCAUCUAAUGCUGGAGUCAUCAUUGCUGUUGUGGUUAUACUGUUACUGCUAAUAAUUGCUGUUGUAGGAGGAAUCUUGUUCUACAAGUUUUAUUAUAAACCGAAGCAAGAUGAGAAGAAAAGACUCCAUGAAGAGCAAAAAAAACCUAGAAGCCAUAUUGGAAUGAUGAAGAAAUCAGUGGAUGCAGGCAUUGGUGGAGGAAUUCAUAAAGAGAAGAUCGACAUGAUAAAUAUGGUAGACAUGGAUGAUGAUGAUGGGAUAGAAGGUAGCGUCACUGGUAUAAAUCCUGAUAAAUUCCGUGAAUAUAAUAAUAAUAUGAAGCUUAGUGCAAAUUUUAUUGGCACUUCCACCCCUGCAACGCCCAGUGGUGUCGAUGCUGAUUUUUCAGAUCCUAAUUUCGUACCAGAAAAUGAUACCCCGAAAGAAAAACCAAAGCUAACUUCAGGAUUCUCAGCGAACAUGCAAGGAACAACAACGAAUGAAACGCCAAGAACGGCUGCUGAUUUAAACGGCCAUAUCCCGAAUGGGCAUAUAUCUGGAGAUAUGGCAAAACAACCAGUGAACAAAGGACAGGACAAAAGCGGACAUAUUCCAAAUGGAAAUACACCAGGAGAUAAAACAAAACAAGCCGUCAAUGUUGAGCAGCCAAUAGCAGUGACUACUGCAGUCGUGCAUAAUAGUUCAAGCGGAAUCCGAAGAGAAAAAUCGAUCAUGAAGCCUACUGCUAAAGACGGUGAAGCGUUGAAUGACAAGCCUAUUUUAAUUGUACCUACGGAGAAAAAGACGGCAAUUGCUACAAUUAAUCCAUAUACAGAGGAAAACAAUAAAACCCCUCAACAGAAUCCACAACCAACAGAGGAAGAUAAGCGGGAAGAAAAAUUAAGAAAAUCCGUAUCUUUUGCGACUGAUAAACCCGCCAUAACUUCAAAUUCAAAUUCGUCUUCAAAUUCAAACAAUUCUCCACCUGGCAUUUUAAACAUGUCAAAGGACAAAACAAGUUUACCUGGAGCCAUUCAAGACGUUCCUGACACCCUCAUCACGCUUCCACGUGAACGUUCUAACCUUCUUGGUCCUAGGGAUACAACAUUACCGGAAAUAGACUUAAAGAAAAACACAGUCCCAGAUAUGUCUAACUUUUAAAAGUGUAUAAAUGAGUAUAGUUUUUACCUACAUGUACAUUUAAUUUUUUUUUUAUGUUUAUUACCAUGUUUCUUGUCAUUUGACAUAUAUAUCAGCUUAUGCAAUAUUUAUGACAUCCGGACUUAUGUAAUCGUUCAGUUUUGUGAUGUAGCAAACUUAUUUCUUGUAAUACGAGGUAAAAGUUAUUUUUGAUGCAUUGAGUCUUAGAUAUGAAUGAUUUACAAAAAGUAAACUUCUGAAACCAACCAACUCUUGCUUAAUACGAAAAGACGAAAUUAAAUUUAAAAACGUCCUAGCUUUAGUUUAAUAAAAACAAAUAGAAUGGAAAGCAAUGUCAUGUGAAUAAAUCUCUACUGCAAGCUUUUUUAAUUCACUGCUUUAAAAAAAACGGUGUUACUAGGCCUUUUUUACAACCAAGUUCAGCAGACUUGCCAAAUGAGUCAAAAUAUCGUAGGCUUGAAACGAUUCGACAACUUAUGAUGGACAAUGGCAGAAAAAACAAUAUGACUUCCAUUAUCAAAAAAAUAUUACAUUUUAAAGACAAGACUUUAUAUGAUUUCUCUCGAUUUUAUUCAAACUUGUUGCUGUAUAAGUCCAAAUGACUUCCAUUAUUAAAAAUAUAUUACAUUUUAAAGACAAAACUUUAUAUGAUUUCUCUCGAUUUUAUUCAAACUUGUUGCUGUAUAAGUCCAAAUGACUUCCAUUAUUAAAAAAAUAUUACAUUUUAAAGACAAGACUUUAUAUGAUUUCUUUCGAUUUUAUUCAAACUUGUUGCUGUAUAAGUCCAUUUCUAUUUUUCCCAAUCAUUAAAAUGCCAACAAGAUAAAAGGAUUCAUGAAUCUUAAUAUUAUAAUUAUGACGCAUGGUUUUCAUGGAAGAAAUCAUUAAAUCCACUAAACUAUUGAGAACUCCACCAAAAUAACCCAUCUAUAAAUUGCAUUCAAAUCUCAGGAACUUAACAUGCAUUACAAUAGUUCACGCUUUACGAUAACAAAGCCGAAAACCUGUAUUUUAAGGCCUCCUAUAGACGGAAUAAGCAUAGACAUACAUGUAGAUUGGUUCAAAAGGAAGUCUAGCCAACAAAGCUUCAAAUAAAACAUUUAUCACACAUUUUAGCAGGAAGGGGAAAACUUAUUGUUAAUUAUGUUAUACAUACUGUAUUAUGAAAUUUUUAAAUCAUCUUGGACAUUGUAGUUAAUAUUGUUUCAUGUGUAUGAUAAUUUUUAUGGUAUGCAAUUAAUUUGCAGCUUUUAACAUUUCAAUGUUAUUUUAAACUAUUUUGUGAUUUCGAAUUUAACAAAAAAGAUAUUCGUUAAAAACGCAUUUGACUAAUUAGAUUUUUAAGUAUUAUGAAGUGUUAUGCUUUUUGUGUAUUGUGUAUCUAAAAUACUGAACAUUGCUUAAUUGCCGAAUUUGUACUUUUUAAACGAGGAUAGCAUAGAGUAAACAUGCAACAUAUACUCUCAAAUGAAUAUUUAUUGCGGCAUAACAAUUACUUUUAUUACAAAUUGGAACAUAACAAAUAUGAAUAAAUGCGUUUGAAAAUGAGUAUGAGAUAAAAAUCAUAUCAAACGUCAAUUACAAAUAAUUAUUGAACAGUUUGAAUUUGUACAGUUAUGCAGCUAAGAAAUCGAAAAAAUAUUCCUUAAUUUCAAUAGUAAGUAAUCAUUUUUAAUUUUUACAUGUCAUGUUGUUUGAGAUUUUGUUUGGUAUGUAUAGAAAUAUUCACCCUUGAUAAACCGAGUUAUCAGACUUUGGUCCUUGUUUGGUCCAAAGAAAUCGGACUACAUAAACGAUAUGAUACAUUUUGAAUUUUCGUCUGUAUUAUAGAUAUGAGGUUCCAUAUUAUGUUGUGUCAGUAUUAGAAAAAUAAAAAAAUAGAUUUAGAAAACUUUAAUACCAUCUCUGUUAUAUAUAUUUGUAAAUCUCUGAUAUGAAUUUGCACCAGUAGUAUAUAUUAUUGUGUAAAUAAAAGUUCUAUAAAAUACUUA